AUGGCGGAACAUACAAAACUCAUCACGAUCGAUCCCAACGGCGACACCCUGCUCAAGCUUAAGGACAUCCGCUGGGAGCUACCGGAAUGGAUCGACGAAGCCACUCGUUUCGCGCCGCCAGUCGACGUCGCCGAGCCCGUGCUUGAAGAUACUGCGGCGCAAGUUGCGGACGAGAGCGCCCAGCGCAAGCACCCCGAGGAAGUACACUUCUUGGUGUCAUCACGUCAGCUGCGCCUUGUAUCUACCUACUUCGACACCAUGUUCAAGAGAAACUUCGCCGAGAGCGUCGCCGAUUCCACGGAUGGGAAAUACCAUAUCUGGGCCACUGAGUGGAACCCCGAGGCUCUCGAACGUCUCAUGAACAUUGCGCAUGCUCGAAGCACUGGCUUACGAGACCAUGUCAACCUCGACGAACUGGCAGAGAUGGUUUUGAUAGUUGAUUACUACGAUAUGCACGAGGCACCAUAUACUCAUGUCAAGAGAUGCUUUACUCGAAUCGGCAACGGCAUUCGUUCACUCGCAUCCAAUAAUACCCUUGGUAGCGACAAAAACUGGAAGAGCACCGGCAGCAAGCAAGCUAUCAAGGCGAUCGUCGACCAGUUGGACAGUUUAAUUCAACGUCUUGGCAAAGGUGAAGAGUGCUGUUACUUUACUUGCCGGGCUUCCCUCCUUGGCUCCUUGAUAUUGCUCAAGCAAUCUGGUGGACUGUCGUCAGCGGUAGGAGGCACUAUCUCACCGCCUUACUACGGCACAAGUCUCCAGGAAGCCUGUGCUGCUGUACAGGCUAUGACAGUCAAGAAACACACCUCUGGUAUCUAUGGCGGAACAGAUUCUGCAUAUACGCCCAUAGGAGCAUGCCAGAGAUGCGACUUCGGGGGUUUGUUUGAUCGGAUCAUGAAGAAGGUCGACGAGGAUCUAGCGUACAAGCUCGAUCCUGGUCCCUCCAAAGUUGUCAAUUCCUCGAAAUAAGGGUUCAGAGAAGACAUUCGAGGCACCUAUGUCCAGGCAAUGCAGCGUGAGAUGACUAUGUACCAGACGGCGAUGGAAGGGUAGUGGAGCAUAGACAAUCG